GUUGAAGCGGCGGUGAAGGAGAAUGUCGUGAAACAAGGAAGUCAAUAAAUCUACAGGAACCCUAGUAGGUUUCCUUUUGUUUUGUUUGUCCUUUGGUUUAUUUUUUUAAUCGCAAUCGUUAUCAUUUCAGCCAGGACAGUUAUUUGGCUUAACUGAAAAAUCUAUGGUCAGUUUCUUUUUGUGUAUUUCCUUCUUAUUUGGUCAAAUAUUCGUCGCUAUUUGACGUUAUCUUUGAGCUAGCUGUAGACGCUAAUAACAGAGCUAACAGGCCCGAAGGCCAUCUGUUCAUCGUUUGUCGGCAAUUUAUUCCCCCGAUAAACCGAAAUAUUUAGGGGCGGUUUGGGACCGCUGUGGACAAAACCUUUUUUUGCUGUUUAUCCGAUACGCGUUCGGUGUUGCCAAGGGUGCUCUUAGGAGCGGAGUCAUUAAGACGAGGGGAAAACCAACCAACAUCUAAGGACCGGACGAGCAUGUAUGCCCCGCCGGGUUCGGCCGUUCCCGGAGGCCGGAGAAGGAGAGGGGGAAGCACUUUGCCCAAGACACCUGAGCGGAGUCUGGUCUCGGCUCUGCCCGGAGCCCUUUCCAUAACCGCUCUGUGCACAUCUCUGGCAGAACCUGCCUGGCUCCGUAUUCAUGGAGGUAUAUGCCCCAGACAAGAGCUUGGGGUGGCAGAUGUCCUGGGCUACAUUGACCCCAAACUCCUGGACGAUUACUGCAUAAACCCGCAGACCAUAUUGUUGCUUCGAGUGAUCGCAGCAUUCUGUUUCCUGGGCAUCUUUUGCAGCCUGACUGCAUUCCUCUUAGAUGUGUUUGGACCUAAGUACCCUGCCCUUAAGAUCACACGGAGAUAUGCCUUUGCACAUAUCCUUACAGUGCUGCAGUGUGCCACUGUCAUAGGGUUCUGCUACUGGGCUUCAGAGCUCAUCUUGUCACUGCAGCAACAGCACAAAAAAAACCACGGCUCCCUUGUAUACGUCACAUUUGCCAUCAGCUUCUACCUGGUGGCGGGGGCCGGCGGGGCCUCCAUCCUCGCCACGGCCGCCAACCUCCUGCGCCACUACCCCACUGAGGAGGAGGAGCAGGCUUUGGAACUGCUGUCCGAGAUGGAGGACAGCAGUGAAACAUUCCCCAUUGAGUACGACAUCAGCAACCAGUUUCAGCCUCCGCCCGCGUACACGCCCUGACAGGCCACCCCGUCCUUCGCUCGUUGAAUCAACAUGCUCGCAGACAGAUGGCAAUAUUUGCAAAUACUCUUAAUAGUUAAAUGCGGUGCGUGCAAUUGCACGCACUCAACGACUGACAAGCGCUUGAGUGUAUGAGCGCCAAGAAAUGAGUCUUGCUUUCUAAUACCGUUUUUUUCCAUGUAUAAUGCGCCCCCAUGUAUAAUACGCACCCUAAAAAUGGCAUGUCGAUGCUGGAAAAAAAGCCUGUCCCUAUGUAUAAUACGCACCCAAAUUUUGAUUUUGUUUCUUUUUUUUUUUCCAAGUCCCAAUGAUCGUCACACACGCAUCUGGGUGUGGUGAAAUUUGUCCUCUGCAUUUGACCCAUCCCCGUGUGAUUUUGAUCCAUCCCUUGGGGGAGAGGGGAGCAGUGAGCAGCAGCGGCGCCGCGCUCGGGAAUCAUUUGGUGAUCUAACCUAAUUUCUAUAGUCUUUGGUAUGACCCGGCCGGGUUACUUAAGUCCAUAAAUGUAAAAUUAUUUCAGAAAAAAGAUCUUCUUUGGGAACAACCGGAUGUUAUUCUGCCGGUCAGUAUCACUGCGCAUGCAGUAGCAAACUCGAUAGCGAAGAAAUAUGUGAGACUCUCAACGGGAUCACCAAUAUUUGAGUGAUGUUCCAGUUAUUUAUCACAAUUAGUUUACCAAGUCUGUGUUUUGAGUUCCUCCAGUAAACCCUGUUCCAAGCUGCACUUGGUCGCCCCGCUCCUUUCCACACUCCAUCCGUGACAAGAUUUUCUUCAAAAAUUGUUGUACCAUGAUUUUCUUGAAGAAAAAAAAAAAAAGAAAUUGUACACAUGUAAAAUGCGCACCCCAGAUUUUCGGACAAUAAAUUAGUUAAAUUUUGCGCAUUAUACAUGGGAAAAACGGUAUGUUGAUUUGCAUGUAAAUGGCUUGUAGGACUUGCUUCUUCAUCUAAAGCAGAAUGCCAAGUCAACAUGGCUGAUGAAGUCAUUGAUCAAGUAGCCUGAUCAGUGCUAAUUAUUACACUCAAAGCUGUCUUUUGACCACUAGUUGAUUGGCUCUUAGUGGGUUCAGGGUGGCGCUUUGAGCAUUAUUUUUUGCUUGUUUUAGCAAAAUAUAUGUGCUUUGGUUACUGAUAUAUCAAAAGUACAGGAAAACACUUGAGGCAUUUUUGGACAUUUCUUUUCUAUAAAGAAACAAACAGCCCUUUAUUUAUUGAUUAGUUAGAUGUGUAUCUUGUCGCUGGUUUAGUCUUACAUGGUCACAUUCUCUGCAUGAGAUGACACAAGAAAGAAUGUUUGUUGUUAGAAGGGAAGGAGGGAUAAUCUCAGCCACAGUUGGAAAUUAAGGAAACCAUUUCGCUAUAAAAGAUUAACGUUCAACCGAAACCUCACUGCAUUAGUUGGUGUUGCCAUGUCCUUUGUAUAUAAUUUGUUUAAAUACAACUUGAUUUGUACUGUAUGAACCAGUAGUGUUUAUGUGAGAAUUUUGGUGUGCUAAUAUUACAACCUUUUCAUGACACCGAUGCGAAAAGGAUUCAAAUUGUGAUUACGGUAGUGUGAUUAUCCAAGUUGGUUGUGUGCUUUCUUGUUUCGCACAGUUCAUGAUUUUUAUUCCUGAAUUUUGGAUUAUAUGUUGACUUGUAAAUAUUGUUUAUAAAUUAAAUUUAAAAAUAAGUAGUAAGAAUACAA